GCCCAUCCCCAGCUCGGGGCCGCGCAUGCGUGCUGGGACCGUGACGGGGCUGUGUGCCGCGGGGGUCCGGCAGCUGCGUCAGGCGAAGCUCCCCCAACAUGGCUGAGGUGGAAGAAACACUGAAGCGAAUUCAGAGCCAAAAGGGCGUCCAAGGAAUCAUUGUUGUUAAUUCAGAAGGUAUUCCUAUCAAAAGCACAGUGGACAACUCCACAACAGUGCAAUACGCAGGCCUAAUGCACAGCUUCAUCAUGAAGGCAAGGAGCACUGUGCGAGACAUUGAUCCCCAGAACGACCUGACGUUCCUGCGGAUCCGCUCCAAGAAAAAUGAGAUCAUGAUUGCUCCAGAUAAAGACUAUUUCCUGAUUGUCAUCCAGAAUCCAACAGAAUGAGAUGGUCCUAAAUUAGUCUGGUUUUCCGCCCACUACCGAAUAUUUUUAAUUUAAUAGCCAAAAGCAAAGCAUUAGUGUUAAUUCUAUUGUGCCACCUUAAUAAUGACCAGGAGGACAACCUUGUGCUCUUUUUUUGUUUACAAAGAAGUAAAAGUAUCUUUCCUUUGUAUCACUAAAAUGGCAUUCCGUGGAAGGGGUAUGAGGAUUGAAAUCAAGUGACUUGGGCAGUCAGAAACGGACAGUUUUCUUUUAGCGUUCAAGAAGAUAACUUAAUAUAAUAGAAAUUCUAAUAGUGUGAUCUAAAAAAUAAAUCUUUGUGGUUUGCACACUCCUUUCAAUUCUGUCUGAAAUAUGGUUUUUACCUUAUUGGUUUUGAAUGAUUGUAAAUACGAAGCUUCGUUACUCACAACUUACCUUCUUGUCUCCUUUUUUUUGCCGCUUUUAUGAUUUAUUUUGAAAAGGUUUUGCCUUAUCAAAUCAAUAAAAGUGUCAUCAAUGAUUA